AGUCCGACCGAAUAGUUCAUCUUUCUGGAGAUAUAAGAAUCCCCCCUGUUUCUUACCGCGUAGCCAACAGAGACUAGGCCGAGAGGAUCUUAAAGAAGAUGACAUUCCUUCUCCAACCAAGACUAGGGCUGCUCCGGUCUGUGACCUUGGGGCGAACGUCCAUUCGUCUGGUACAAUAUCAGGCCCACGACGCCGGCUUUGACCCAGACGAACUCUUAGAGGCGCGGAAAUGGUAUAAUUCGUUUCAACCAAGUAACAUACCAAAAGGGAACACGACCUUUUCCCGCUCAAGCGGUCCCGGCGGCCAGCAUGUGAACAAGACGGAAACCAAGGCGACAACCACCUGGCCGGUUGCCCAACUGCUAUCAAUCUUGCCCAAACUUUUACACUCUGGUAUCCGAUCCUCCAAGUACUACGCCAAACGGAACGACUGCAUCAGCGUGCAAGCGCAAACCCAGCGCAGCCGCACCGCCAACGCGGAAGAAAACCACCAAAAGUUGUUUGAAGAGAUCCAGAAAUUGUACAACAGCACCGUCCCCGGGGAAACAAGCCCAGAGAAAAAGGGGAAGUACGACAGCUUGAAGAAGAGCUCCAACGAAAUGAGAAUAAGGGCGAAGAAGCUACUGAGCUCCAAAAAGACGUCUCGCAGAAAUACCUACGAGUAGGAUCCAAAACCUACGGAUCGAUCAUGCAAUGACACACGAUAUUGACAUCGGAGUCGUGAGGUGUCUCUAGGACAAGUGGAGUCGGCCGGUCGGGGGCGGCAUGAUUGGUCUUCAAAAGGAGGGGCAGCUGAAAACGUGUGCGGCUGACCGUUGGCGAUUCUGACUUCCAUGAGUGAUCACUCAGUACAAACGCCCUUUGGGUAAGCUCAGCUCUUGUCAAGGCUGACACCCUUGACUUUCCAACCCAAAACUCGAGAUAUCAGUAUCUUCUCCUGGCCUCAGUAUCUCUAUAGUUGCGUGUUUUAUUCUUGCUAGUUUGAUACCCGCCCAAGAAGUACGCCAGCGGGGAGAGAGACUUCGAAUCGC